AUGGCCGCCCUGCAGACCUUGUCCAAGAGCUUCCCAGGAUGGGUUUUCUUCUGCUGCUGUUGCUGUCUCCCCCUUCUUCUCACCAGCUCUCUGCCUCUGAAGGGGGCUUCCCCUGCCCAUCACGCCUGCAGGCUCAGGAAGAUCAACUUCCAGCAGCCCUACAUCAGGAAUCGCACCUACACCUUGGCUAAAACGGCCAGUGCCUCAGACAAGGACACGGACAACAGAUUGAUUGGGCAGCAGCUCUUUGUUAACAUCAGGGAAAACAACCGCUGCUACCUGAUGAAGAGGGUUGUGGAGUUUGUAGUAGAAGAUGUUCUCCUGACUGAAGUCAAGAACCAGUACCCUCAUGUGGAGGAGGUGGCACAGUUCUUGGCAUCCCUGACCUCAGAGCUGAGAAGUUGUCAAUUCUCAGGAAAGAAAGAACACAUUGAAAAGAACCUGGAACAAAUGAAGAACAAAAUGGAACAGUUGGGAGAAAAUGGAAAGACUAAAGCCAUUGGAGAGCUGGAUUUACUCUUUGACUACAUGGAAAAUGCCUGUACUGAUGUCCCAAAGAAGGGAGGUAACAAGAAGAAAAACUGAAAAAAAUUCUGGAUCAGGCUUGAAGAGAUGUCUCUGCAGACCUCUUGCAAUACCUCAAACUGAUUAGCUGCAGCUAUGUUCAUUCCCCCCAGAUGCAUUA